AUGCUAGACGGAUUUGAUGGAAAGGCCUCGCGAAGCAAAAAUCCAGAAUAUGAUCACCAGGAGGCUAUGUUGGAAACAAAAGUGAAGCCCAAUCUUCCACUGAACACUUUUGAACAUGAACCUGGUGUGCCUUCACCCAAUGAUGUUGAUGAAAUUGUUAAGUACCUUGAGGAUCCAAAUUGCUUUCUUAACGUCAACGCAGGUGGUUCAGGGAUACAAUUUGGAGUCUACUAG